AUGACUAGCAACAAUCAAAGCAAUAGCUUGAAUCACCAGCACCUGCACUCGCCUUCUAAACUAACCGAAUUCGCACGCAACUUCGAGGACAAGCCGGAAUCGCUCUUCGGCCGUGUGGUGAACAAAAUCCAGAAUGUCUAUAACCAGAGCUACAACACCGUCAACGACAUUUCCAGCGGGAGCAGCAGCAGUGCCUCCUCGCAGACCGUGCAAGUGGUGGGAAAAUCUCAGUUUUUCAGCGAAACUCAACCCUCCACCCCUGAAGCCGCCAAUGUGGAAAGCUCCAGCGUGGGAUCGGGGCGCCCACAGCCGCCUACCACGCUCAACAUAAGGGCAAAUAGCGAAUCCCGCAGCAUAGGCACCUCCAGUAACACCGCAACCGAGGAUUCCGAGCCCACCGAGCGCGUCGAGGCGCUGCCUCUGCCAACCAACGAAGCGAAUCAGGGGCGGACCGUUUCCAAUGUGCUCAAGCACAUCAGCAAUAUUGUGGCCACAAAAAACAAUAACGAUCUACGCAACUACAAGGACACGGAACUGCAGCGCUUCUGGAUGCCCGACUCAAAGGCCAAGGAGUGCUACGACUGUAGCCAGAAGUUCUCCACCUUCCGCCGAAAGCACCACUGCCGGCUGUGCGGUCAGAUCUUUUGCUCGAAGUGCUGCAACCAAGUGGUGCCUGGCAUGAUCAUCCGCUGCGACGGCGAUCUCAAGGUGUGCAACUACUGCUCCAAGAUAGUGCUGACCUUCCUGAAGUCAUCUAGCUCGGAGAUGGGCCAGGAUCUGCAGGCACUGCAACAGCACUUGAGCAACAAACUGGAGGUCCAGGAUAGUGGCACUCCGCACGCGAAGCAUCCGCAGCAGCAGAGGGCACCACUGUCUCGCAAAAUGUCCGUGGGCUACCAGGAGGAGCGCUUCAGUUCGCAUCCCACGCACACCACUCUUUCCAUUGAUGAUCGAAAGAACAUUCUGCAGCAGUCGAACUCUUUGAUUACUCUGCACGAGGAGAUGCAGCGCGAUCUGCCCGCCCAGAAUUGUGGCCAGCGUCUGAUUGAGUUCCUCAACAGCAACAAUAAGUCAGCUAACGAAGUGCAGGCGGUGGCAAUUCUAAAUGCCAUGCUGGCCGCUGGAUUUCUCGAGCCCAUUGUCCCGGAUCCUGAGCAGAUGGAGUUCGACCCCACGCUGCACUAUAAGUUCGCCAAGAGCAGCAGCUCGGACACAUCGCGUACGAUGAGUCCCCAGUUUGAGGCGGCACCCCAUGCGGAGCCUCAGCCUCCGAAGUCGAUGGACCUGUCGGCCGAAGAAAAGGAAAAGGAGCUGGAGAACGAACUCGAGAACGAUCGCUGCUUCACCACAGCCACUUCGAAUCUCCUUGCAUCCUACUGCGAGCACGAAGAGCAGCUGCUGGCGCAAAUGUUGCGCGCCCACAACUUGGACCAGGAGUGGGACAAGGUGCUCCAGAUGCUCUGCUCGACGGCCGCCAAUCACUUCAAGCCGGAGCACUGCAGCAACGAUCUGAUGGACAUCCGCAACUAUGUGAACUUUAAGAAGGUGCCGGGUGGCAGGCGCAAGGACUCCAAGAUUGUGCAUGGCGUGGCCUUCUCCAAGAACGUUGCGCACAAGGACAUGGCCACGCGGGUGCCCUUUCCCCGCAUUCUGCUGCUGCAAUGCCCCAUUGGAUACGAGCGUAUUGAAGGCAAAUUCGUGACCAUUGAGACCGUGCUGCUGCAGGAGAAGGAGUACUUGCGCAAUGUCUGUGCCCGCAUCAUGAGCUUCACCCCCAAUGUUGUGCUGGUCCACAAAAAUGUGGCGGGAAUCGCCCAGGAUCUACUCAGAUCCUAUGGAGUAACGCUCGUAUUGGAUGUGAAGCUAUCGGUAAUGGAGCGUCUGUCUCGCACUUUGCAGUGCGACAUUGUCAGUUCCAUCGAGUCGAAUAUCACCAUGCCCAAGCUGGGCUACUGCAAUGAUUUCUACAUAAAAAGCUACAACGGCAAGACGCUGAUGUUCUUUGAGAAGCUAACCAAUCCACGGGGAUACACUUGUCUCCUGAGAGGCGGAAGCAAUGCGGAACUCGCCAGGGUCAAGCGGGUGGCCUCGGCGUUGCUCUUUGCCCGUUACAACUGGCGCUUGGAGAUGUCUUUCCUGCUGAACGAAUUCGCCCAGCCACUGAGUCCGAAACCCUCGAUUUUCGACUCCAAGGAAACGAGUCCGAAAACGGAGACGGAGGCGGAGCUGCGUGCUAAACGACCUGCUAUUGUGGAGCGCAAGUCGGAGGACAAGAUCACCACCAUUGUCAGCGAGAAUGUCUCCGAUUUUACGGACCCACUGCGGGCAACCCAAACCGAGGCGCUGUCCACCUCGCCGUGUGCACCUCCUGUGGUGGAGGCUCUGGCAGUGGAGCCGCGAUACGAUAAUAGAUUCCGCACGGCACUCAGUUCCACGCUGCUCUCUGUCAGUCCCUUCCUGACUUUCCCGCUUCCGUAUUUGGAAACGGAGCAGGGUCGGAAGUGCAAGCUGCGGAAGCUCUUUCCCGCCGAACUGUACUUCUCCAAGCAAUGGUCGCGAUCUGGAUUGGAGAGGCCAGAAAGCACGGGCGACAGCGAGGCCUCCAAAUCGGAGCCGGGCAACAAGGAGAACCAGCAAAUGCAGCUGCUUCCGCCGCAUGACUUUGUGCAGAUGAAGAUGACGGCACCUGCGAGCAGUCGGGAUAUACAAACGAAACUGGCCGAGUUCCGCUCCUUUGGCGGUCGCUUACCCAAGGGCACGGCUCCCAUGCUCCGGCCGAAGAAGAAGAACGCGGAGGUGAUUCAGCGGCCGCAGAAGGUCAGCGAGGAGCAGCUGUACAAGGAUGCGCUGGAUCCGCAGAACCACCAGCGUCUGCCGGUGCUCUUCUGCAGCUUCCACUACAAUCCCAAGGGCGUCUCGUCCUUCUGCAAGCUGCCCAUGCUGCUGGACAUGAAGUUCUACGGGCAGUACGACAUCAUGUUGGAACAGUUUCUCCAGCGCUACUGCUGUCUCUUCAACUCGAUGUGCCCGUCCUGCAACCUGCCGAUGCUGGGCCACGUGCGUCGCUAUGUCCACUCGCUGGGAUGCGUGCAUGUCUACCUCACCGAGGACCUAACCCGUUCCGACCCUAAGCGCAUUUACUUCACCUCCUGGUGCAGCAUUUGCAAUGCUACAACCCCCACAAUUCCACUCGCCGACUCAGCCAAGUGCCUUUCGCUGGCCAAGUACCUAGAGAUGCGGUUCCACGGCCACGCCUACAAGCGACGGCCCUCUCCGGUGGACGCAGAGCAGGGCGGCAGUCCGUGCGAGCACUCCCUGCAUCGCGACUAUGUUCACCACUUCAGCUUCCGCGGAGUGGGCGCCAAGUUCCAGUACACGCCCGUUGAGGUUUGGGAAACGGAUCUGCCCUCGCUGGUCCUGCAGCUGGAUAUUCCGAAGCCCUUUCCCAGCGCCCAGGCCCAGGAGGAGAUCAAGAACUUCUCGGUGCGGGGCCACGAGGUGUACAACAGGAUUCACGAGCGCAUUGCCGAUCUCGCCACCGAGGAGGAGAACUCCCCGCUGGUGCAGCAGCUGAAGACCAUGCUCACCCACGACCAGUUCAUCUUCAAGCAGAAGAUCGAAAUCGUGCACACGCUGCUCACGGACAGCAGGGCCACCGCCUUCGACACCAGCGAUGCCCUGGCCAUGGCGAGGAGAGCUCUGGCCGAGAGCAUCGAGCUGUGGGGCCCGCGGCUGCAGGAGAUCGAGAAGCUGACCGCCAAGCAGGCGCACCAUAUCGACUCGGGAACCAUCUGCACGGAGGAACUAAGGCCAGAGCUUGCUGUGGACUCGUCUAAGGCCAACAGCUCCAAUUCUCAAAAGGAGAACGAAGCCUUGGAGUGUCCAAGCGAGGAUACCGAAACCAGUGCAUCCAACAGCCAGUCGGUUUCGGAGAAGAAGUUCUCCAUCGACCAGCUGCUGGCAUCCACCGUCAACGUCUACUCGGAUAAGAAAUCCAUCAAAAAGAUUCUCACCCAGCUGCUGCCCUCGGGGAAUCAGGUGAACCCGCUGCAGUCGCCUUUUCCCGCACAGGAUCAUCUGACGCUUCCCUUGGGCGGUAUUCCCAUCCACGUCCGGGAAAACGAUCUGAGCUCGGUGAUUGCCUACAGCUUGACCUCGGCGGAGUAUCAGAAGGCAAUCGAGGAGGCGGAGGCCAACACCAAUGGGGCUUAUUGCAGCACUGCUGCUCACUCAAGUCCGCAGCUGAAGCGGAAGAUCCCGCUGGCGGAGAACAUGAGCGAUGCCGAAGACAGUCCCAGCCUAUCGCGAACCUCGAGUAACACAAGCGCUGCUCCAAGUGCUUCGAUUCCUCCUUCAGCUGCCGCGACUUCCGAAACGGAGGAGAAGAGCAAGGAACGCACCAAGCAGGCACCGAGUCCACACAUCACUCUGGCUUUCCAGGACAGCAGCUGCCAGUUUCAGUGCAAGAUCUUCUUUGCCCGAGAGUUCGAUGCAAUGAGAGCGAAGAGCCUGAAGCCUCCCAAGCUGGACAAAUCCCUGUACCGCCGGCUGGAGAAGAGCAAGAUGCGCGAGGAGUUGAGAAUCUCACAGAGUCGCACCGGUUCCGAAAUGGAGCUGGUGCGCAAGCCCAGCGACGUUGGAGGCCCACGGAACACGGAGGAAGCAACUGAUCUGGAAGAAGACGCAAGGAUUGCCCUGGCCAGAAGCCUCUGCAAAAGUGUCCAGUGGGAGGCGAGGGGCGGUAAAUCAGGAUCUCGCUUUUGCAAAACGUUGGAUGAUCGCUUUGUGCUCAAGGAAAUGAACUCCAAGGAAAUGAACAUCUUCGAGCCAUUUGCUCCGAAGUAUUUCGAGUACAUCGACAGGUGCCAGCAGCAGCAACUGCCCACACUGCUGGCCAAGAUCUUUGGGGUCUUCAAAGUGACCGUUAAGAAAAAGGACUCCUGCGUGGAACGUUCGGUGAUGGUCAUGGAGAAUUUGUUUUACGGUUGCGAAAUCGAUAAUAAAUUUGACUUGAAGGGCUCGGAGAGAAACCGUUUGGUGGAUCCCAGUAACCAACAGGGCGAGAUCGUACUGCUGGAUGAGAAUCUGGUGCAGAUGUCCUGGUCGAAGCCUUUGUAUGUGCUGUCGCACAGCAAAACAGUGCUGAGGGAUGCCAUCCAGCGGGACUCUUCUUUCCUGGAGAGAAACCUCGUCAUGGACUACUCACUUUUAGUGGGUUUGGACACGAAAAACAGCGUUCUGGUUUUGGGUAUUAUAGAUUACAUACGCACCUUCACCCUGGACAAGAAAGUGGAGUCCAUCAUCAAGGGAUCGGGCAUUCUGGGCGGCAAGGGCAAGGAUCCCACGGUGGUCAACCCGGAGCGCUACAAGCAGCGCUUCAUCGACGCCAUGGAUCGCUAUUUCCUCACAGUUCCGGAUCGUUGGGAGGGCCUGUCCAAGGUCUAAUCCCAGCGACACCCAUCCACACAAAGUGCACACAAACUAGUUUACACAACAUAGCUAUAGACGCAAUAAAGCAGACGCCAAUCCCACUCAA